AUGAACUAUUCAAGCACACCUUCCAGGUCGGAGCAUCGCCAGAACCGCGCUACGGCUCCAACACAUCCGGCCUCCUACUAUUCGCCCACGUGCGAAUACAGCGGGAAGGAAGUAGUGGAUGCGUUUAGGAAGUAUAACCCUGAAGCGACACCUACCGGCAGCCAGUACUACGUAAAGCUCCCCGACGAUACAGACAUUAACUGGGCCGUGCCCCUCGAACCCGAGGGUGAUUCCCAGGGUAUCGCCCUGGAUCGGUUCCGCAAAAAAGCCUUGAAGCACUUCAACAACAAGACGAGGGAGUUUGUAGACAGCCUCCUUCCGAGCGCAUAUCGCGAGGGGGCACCCCUAUCUCUCCUCCCCUCCACCCACAUGUACAUGAUGGAAGCAGUGCUGCCGAACGAGAACGAACACCGCUACACUACACCCACCGACAUGUCGAACGACCCGACGUACACCAACCUCCUGCGCGAGCUGCUGGGGAUGCAAAAGACUUGGUACAAGUUCAUGUACAAACAGGAGACCACGUUGUUUCAAGGGAUCGACGACGGCGCCUGGAGGGCAUGGGCUCUCAACCCGCGCGAGGACUGCGUUCGCGUGGUCGCCAUCCGGCUGUCGCACCACGCCGUCCGGGAUAGUCAGGCUUCCGCGUUGUCUACGUGUAUCCACAACCCCAUGUGCCCCCUUGUUAUGCUGCUUCCCUUGGACUCGAAUCUUGCGCCCCUCAUGUACUUUAUGUCUACCAAGCUUCGGAACAUCGAUAUACGUAUGAUGCCCUUUUGA